AACAGCGCUGGAGCUACUCUUCUAUGUAGAAACCGGAUCAUUUGCAAAAGAACAGCGUUUGGCUUGCACAGCAGGUUUGUUGGUGGGCGUGUCUUUGUGCUCAUAUAUCUGCUCCAGGUCAGAGUUAAACUCUUCACUCUGCCUGGUUUAACCCUCAGCUCCUGCCUGUUGUUGGGAAAAAUGGCUCACCUCCCAGCACUUUUCAAGUACGUGGACGAAAACCAGGACCUCUACGUCAAGCGCCUUGGAGAAUGGGUCGCUGUCCAGAGUGUGUCCGCUUGGCCCGAAAAGCGCGGGGAAAUCAAGAAGAUGAUGGAGAUGGCAGCCAAAGACAUCGAGAGGCUGGGGGGGACGGUGGAGCUGGUGGACAUCGGGAAACAAAAGCUUCCCUCUGGAGAGGAGAUCCCUCUGCCUCCCAUCAUCCUGGGCCAUUUGGGUUCGGACCCGGCCAAGAAGACGGUGUGUAUUUACGGCCACCUGGACGUCCAGCCUGCUCAGGUCGAGGACGGCUGGGACACCGAGCCGUUCACUCUGGUGGAGAAAGACGGUAAACUCUAUGGAAGAGGAUCCACUGACGACAAGGGACCAGUGCUGGCCUGGUUUAACUGCAUCGAGGCCUACCAAAAGAUAAAGCAGGAUCUUCCCAUCAACAUCAAGUUCUGCUUUGAGGGGAUGGAGGAAUCUGGGUCUGAGGGUCUGGACGAUCUGGUGUUUUCCCGAAAAGAUUCGUUCUUCAAAGAUGUGGAUUAUGUCUGCAUCUCUGACAACUACUGGCUGGGAAAGACCAAACCUUGCAUCACCUACGGCCUCAGAGGAAUCUGCUACUUCUUUGUAGAGGUAGAGUGCAGCGAUAAAGACCUUCACUCUGGCGUCUUCGGCGGCUCGGUUCAUGAGGCCAUGACGGAUCUCAUUUCACUCAUGGGGUCUCUGGUUGACAAGAGGGGAAAGAUUUUGAUUCCUGGGAUGUACGACAGCGUGGCUCCUCUCACAGAAGACGAGAAAAAGCUGUACGAGAAGAUCGACUUUGACUUGUCCGAGUACUGCAAAGACGUGGGAGUUGGAAAGCUGCUGCACGACAGCAAGGAGCAAAUCCUGAUGCACCGCUGGAGGUAUCCGUCUCUUUCUCUGCACGGGAUCGAGGGAGCGUUCUCCGAAGCCGGAGCCAAGACAGUCAUCCCCCGCAAGGUCAUCGGCAAAUUCUCCAUCCGCCUCGUCCCGGACAUGGACCCCAAAGUCGUGGAGAAGCAGGUGGUUGAUUACGUGGAGAAGAGGUUUGCUGAUCUGGGAAGUCCAAACAAACUGAAAGUAACGAUGGGUCACGGGGCCAAAGCCUGGGUGUCUGACUUCAACCAUCCGCACUACAUGGCCGGCCGAAAGGCCAUGAAGACGGUUUUCGGGGUGGAACCGGACCUGACCCGUGAGGGCGGCAGCAUUCCCGUCACUCUGACGUUCCAGGAGGCGACGGGCCGGAACGUCAUGUUGCUUCCUGUUGGAUCCUCCGAUGACGGAGCUCACUCCCAAAACGAAAAACUCAACAGAUCAAAUUACAUCCAAGGAGUCAAGAUGCUGGGAGCGUACUUCCAUGAAGUCUCACAGCUGGAAUGAACUGAUCACGUCUUAAACAACGUCUUUACUCGGACACAAAGUUUUACUUUUCAAAUUAAAGUACCUUCUGUAGAUUAAGACAAUAAACUCUUUUUCAUUCUUACUCUAUGCUCUCCUGUUUAAUUAAAGGAUGAAUCUCUCAGA